AUCGCAAUUUCUUAUCACACUCAGCCUUUUCUCUUCAUCUCUCUCUGUUCUCUGUUAUUAUCUAUCUGCUUCAAAAGAAAUUGCAAUGGCUCGUUCAAGCUUUGCGUUCUUGAUGCUAAUGGCGGUGCUGUUGGGAUCCUCACUGGCACAGUCACCAACAUCCUCUCCUGUACCGUCUCCGACCAAAUCGCCUGUGGCAACUCCACCACCAGCAUCUUCGACGUCCCCAACCGUUAAUCCACCAGUAUCUGCCCCUUCUCCUUUGAAGACUCCACCAGCAAAUGCACCAUCUCCAGCUACUGCUGAUUCACCUCCAUCUCCUCCUCCUUCUUUGCCUUCUCCGGCUCCUGCUACAACUUCUGUCCCUCCUUCCUCAAUCUCUGGCACGCCAUCCGAAGCUCCUGCUCCAGCGGAAAACGGUGCCGGAUUGAAUAGAAUUGCUAUUGCCGGAUCUCUGCUUGCUGGUGCAUUCACUGCCGUUUUGGUGUUAUAAAGUGAAUUAGUACAGAUGGAUGAUAUUUGUUGGAUUUUUUUUUUUAUUAAUGUGUUCGCUUAAUUAUUUUCAUGUUCUUUAUCAAUUCUUUUGUAUUAUUCACCACAGUUGAGUAAUAUUUUAUUUUUAUUAUA